UUUCUGGGUCAAUCGAGAAGGCAGCCCUCUGUUCAAAUUCUACAUGGUUCUCAACUUUCCUAGGUGUCCUAUUGUAAACAACAUUUAUUCAGUCAUUUGCUGUGAGAUUCUGAAGCUAUACUACAUCAUGGAAUACUUUUACCUCAGCUACUAAAACGUCAUUUGCGUGCUUUUUGGAGGUAAUGAAUUGCACUGGGUGUUUACCCCUCCUUCUGAACUGCAAGUAAACUAUGGCUGCUUCCAUUGUGGUCCGACGCUGCCGGAUUCAGCACCUCUGGACCCUAUCAAAGCUGCAGAGUGGAUACCUGAGAGAAGUUUGCAAUAUGCAGAUGGGCUCUGUGGCCAUAUAUUCUCUUAUGAAGAAAGAAGCAAAACUAUUGAAGAGACAGCUUCCAUGUGGCAUGAGUCACAUGACCAAGAGAGCUCUGCAUGCCACCCCACUUUGCUUCCAGGAAGUGAUGCUGACCAGUGAACGAUAUGAAGUGCAAAGGCUCCCCUUUGCCCAUGUUUCUGAUCAAGAUUUGUCAUUCUUUGAGCGCCUUAUGCCUGGCAGAGUCAUCACAGAUGUCGAUGAGUUGAAACCCUUCAAUGUGGACUGGUUGAAGACUGUAAGAGGAUGCAGUAAAGUAUUGCUGAAGCCACAGACAACAGUGGAAGUAUCUGAGGUUCUCAGGUACUGCAAUGAGAGGAACUUGGCUGUGAACCCUCAGGGGGGUAACACUGGCCUCGUUGGGGGCAGCGUCCCAGUCUUUGAUGAGAUCAUUCUCUCCACAGCUCUUAUGAACCAGGUCAUCAGCUUCAACAGUGUUUCUGGGAUCUUGGUUUGCCAGGCUGGCUGCAUUUUAGAAAACCUCAACCAGUAUCUGGAGCAGCAGGAUUUCAUCAUGCCUCUUGAUUUAGCAGCAAAGGGAAGUUGCCAUAUUGGUGGCAAUGUGGCAACAAAUGCGGGUGGAUUGCGACUGCUGAGGUACGGCUCUCUCCGAGGGACAGUCCUGGGUUUAGAAGUGGUGCUCGCUGAUGGCUCCAUUCUGAACUGCUUGGCAUCUCUGCGAAAGGACAAUACUGGUUAUGACUUGAAGCAGCUUUUCAUUGGAUCAGAGGGGACCUUGGGAAUUAUUACAGCUGUGUCAAUCCUCUGUCCACGGAAACCCAAAGCUGUGAAUCUGGCAUUUCUUGGUUGUCCAAGUUUUUCUCAGGUUCUGAGAACCUUCACAACCUGCAAGGGAAUGUUAGGAGAGAUCUUAUCUGCAUAUGAGUUCAUGGACAAUGAGUGCAUGGAGCUGGUUAAAAGACAUCUCAAACUGGUCAACCCAGUUGCAGAAAGCCAGUUUUAUGCCUUAAUUGAGACUUCAGGUUCUAAUUCUGUCCAUGAUGAAGAAAAACUGAGCAACUUCCUGGAACAUGUCAUGGCCACCAAUUUGGUAGCAGAUGGAACUUUGGCCUCAGAAGACAAAAAAAUAAAGAUGCUGUGGGCUUUAAGGGAGCGGAUCACAGAGGCCCUAACAUGCGAUGGAUAUGUUUACAAAUAUGACAUUUCCCUUCCUGUGGAGAAACUUUAUGAACUUGUGACUGACAUGAGGGCACGGCUGGGCAGAAGCGCUAGAAGUGUUGUGGGCUAUGGCCAUCUUGGAGAUGGAAACUUGCACCUGAAUGUCACAGCAGAGUCUUACAGUCAUGCACUGCUGGAAGCCAUUGAACCCUAUGUCUAUGAGUGGACGUCCCAGUAUUGUGGAAGUGUCAGUGCAGAACAUGGGUUGGGCUUCAAGAAGAAGCAUUAUAUCCACUAUAGUAAACCACAGGAGGCUGUCCUUCUCAUGCAGCAGUUCAAGGCCAUGCUGGACCCCAAAGGCAUUCUAAACCCUUACAAGACAUUACCAGACAAGGUUGAAUGAUGCUGCCUGCAGGGAAAGAAUCUGUAAUCUUUUGAUGGAUGUUUUCUAGUACUGUGCUUGUCACCUAACCAUGAACAGAAUGUGAAGCCACAGCCUGAACCAGAGGUUUGUAUUUCUUUUGCUUGAGUAAAGGAAUUGCUGUGCUGCUAAUCCUGCCUGCCAGAUCAUAAGUUCUGGACAGACUGGGAAACAUGUCACUUCAGCCACUUGAUUUUCAAAGGAAAUAAUAGAAAAACCAUUGGAAGCAAUGAAAUUUACACAGAAAUGUGUAUAAAUACGCUUUAGUGCAAGCUUCAAUUAAACUUAAACAAAACAAAA